CCAAAACAUUCUUUCCAAAAAAAAUUUUACUUGAAAUAUAUAGUACACGUAACGUAGACUGUAUUAUAUCGGGUCAAAUUUUCCUCGAGGAUAUUUUGGAAUGUAGUUUUAAAAAGGAUGUCAUAAAUUCUACACUCUAUAUCCCGCCCCCCCCCUUCUCUCUCUAGCUCUCAACCACUUUCAGAUAUCUUCAAGUUUUCUUUCACGAUUUCCCAAAAGACGUCGUCAGCAUUCCACAAAGUUCGUUUGGGACCGCCUACGUGUUCGGACGCUUUUUGUUUCAUUAUAGGCAUAUUUUUAUGCCUGUCGAUUGCAUUACAAUCGGCUGACAGAACAAUCGUUGUUCUGAGCAUUGAAAGCAAGAUUAAAUUUUGUUGUAUGAUCAAAUCGUCAUCGCCCCAACUAAUUACAGGGGACAAGUGCCAAAUUAAAAAAAGUAAGCAAGUCAGCAUUCUACAAGCAAAUUAGGAAACUGCAGAAACUGUUUGGAGCAUAAGAAGAAGGGGGGCGGGGGGCAGAGCACUUUAUCACAAUUAGGUCAUUAUCGCGUUGGAGCUUGAAUAUACAAGACGCAUAGUGUAGCAUAACAUAAAAGUUGGUUAAUAAUAUCUAAUAAUAGCCAUAACUAUAAGAAAUUGGCCAAUCAUAAUUGAUUUACAAAAGAAUAAUCGACUAUGAUUGGCCAAUUUCUUAUGGUAAUGGCUAUUAUCAGCUAUUAUAAACCAACUUUAAAACUGUUGAACCAACAAGUAUUCAGUGAAAUCUUCAUAUUACAUAAGGAAUUACAUAAGACUCAUUGAUCUAGCGAUUUUGUGCUCGUGCCAUACUAUGCAUUUUAUGUCUCAUGAGCUUUAGACAAAUCGAAAGAAAAGCGAAUGAAGAAAGGAAGGUCGAAGAAGGGACAGGAAUUUGGAUGUCAAAAAUCAACGAAAAAUUGUCUCGGCUGUGCCGGCAAUAAUGGAAGCAUACAAAAAGCAAGCUACAUUUACCUUUAACAACUAUUUCCAACUGAAGAGGAGCCUUCACGGAAACAAAGAUCGUCGUCGCAUGCUAGUCAAGCUAAGAAAAGAUCUGCGGAAAUUAGGACUAUCAAAGCGGGCGAGGCGUGUGGGAUUAAUGCAACUAGCGGUCAGACCAUGCGUGGUUCUUGAGCGAUUGCCGGUUUCUAGUUACAAAGAAAAAUCACUGCAGUCACUGCAUAACAAUAAUAAAAAUUUUAUGACGUCCUACAAGGAAUCGCAAUACGAGCACCGAGACGAUGCCCAAAAAAGGCGGAUAGAAGAUUCUCAAGAUCUUCAUCAACAGUCUAACAUACAAAUUUUAAGCGCUGCUGAAACUGCAUCGAUCAAUACAUUAGAUGCUAGUAAAACUUGUCGAAAUGAAGAGCAAGGAUGUAAUUUGUUAGAAAAAGAAUUAUCAAAGCCAAGGGAAAAAAUUAUCAAUCUUAUACAGGAUUUCACUCAAAAAGCAACAAAAAAGAAUUCUCAUAUCGAUGUUACGUCAACAAAGCAUAUGGGUGUGUCUGAAAAAUUAGAUAUUAAAGCAGCAUGUAGCUUGUCUUCGUCAAAAGACGAAUUGCUAAAGAAACAGAAUUUUACACACAAGUUUGCAAAUAAAAAUUCUUGUUCUGAAAGUAAGAUUAAUUUUUCAAAAGAUAGAUCUAUUUCUGUUCCUGCAAAAAAAAUGAAUAUAUUUGUUAAUGAGGAAUGUUCUUCGUUGGAAAACGAAUCAUCAGACACAACCGUACCGCUUCGAUUGACGAAACAUUGUUCUGAUCCUAAAAGGAGCAUUAAUUCCUCGGAAGAUGCCAAUGUUUUUGCUAGACAACAUAAGAAAAACAUUUCUUCAUUAAAAACCAAACUAGAUACAUUACAAGAAUGUUCCAAUGAAUCUAGAAUUGUUAAUAUUUCUUCUGAGUGCAAUAUUAGCUCAAGCAACAUAAUUUCAGAAGCAACAGCUAAUGAUUUCACAAACGAGAAUGAAAAUGUUCAAUUAGAUUUAGAAUUAGUUAAACAUAUCGAUACAUCGUUACAAUAUAAAGGCAUAAGAAAAAAUAUCAGACAAACAAAAAUAAAUUCAAAAUCUAAAAAUCUGUCAACAGUUAACCUGCAUAUUGGAACAAAUUCCAAGGUAGUAAUUAAAAGAAAAGUAAGUUCCAGAAGUUCAGACCAAAAUGCAUUGCCGAUAAAAAUACGAAAGAAGAAUGAAAUUAACACGUCACCAGAUAAAGUAGUACCACAUAGUAAUAUCGAAAUAUUCAAAUAUAAAUUAGAUCAUACAAACCAAAGAAUUCGGGGGUAUAUUAUAAGAUAUAAAAAACGUGAAAAUUACAAAUCGCGUAAGCGAAAAAAAGAUAAAUAUAAAACAAAACGAGAAAAACUUCAGAAAUAUUUUGAAGGAUCCUUCGAUUCCAACACAAGUGAAACUGAAGAAAACAGCGAAAUUCUGUUAAAUUAUAGGAAAAGAAGGAAACAAGAAUCUGACGAUCUAUUGCAUGAUGACAAAAAGUUAACACAUGAUACUAACUUGCAGAGAAAUAUAGAAGGCAUAAACUUCAAUAACUCGUACGAUUUCACAACAAAUUUCGAAAAAUGUGCUACGCACGAUGCUACAACGGACACGGAAAUAGAAGAUGAAGCAUCGAUAGAUAAACGUGUUACGUUAGCUAAUAAUAAGCAGGAAAAUGUGGAGAGCGAUAAUUCUGAUAAUUCAUGCGAUUCCACAGCAUGUACCGAAAAAUGUUAUGCUAUAUAUAAUGCUGCAGAUGAAGUGGGAGAAGCAUCGACACGCGAAAACGAAACAUCUGUUAAUAAUUCGCAGGAAAAUACAGAAGACAUAAGCUCCGAUAAUUUAUGCGAUUCCUCUGCAAGUACCGAAGAAGAUUGUGCUGUAAAAGAUGCUGCAACCAAAAUCGAGGCGAAAGAUGGAGCAUUGGUAUGCACAUAUGAUACAUCAUCUGUUAAUUCGCAGAAAAAUAUAGAUAUUGUAAUAUUUUUGGAUAAAGUAAAAUCAGACGAUUCAUGCGAUUCUACUGUAACGGAAAAGUACUUUAUGCACGAUGCUACAAUAGACGAAAAGAUAGAAGGUAGACCGGGUAAGCAUGGCACAUGUGCUAAUAAUUCACAGAUAAAUAUAGAAGAUGCACAAUCGGUUAAAGAAAACUGCAAUAAUUCAUGCGAUUUCACUGCAAGCUCCGAAGAAUGUUACACUACAUUCGAUGAAUAUGCAACAGACGAGAUAGAAGAUCGUAGAGCAUCGAUACGUAAACGUGACACUUUUGCUAAUAAUUCCCAGAAAAAUAUUACAGAAAGCACAAUACUGGCCAAAACAAAAUCUGAUAAUUCAUGCAAUUGCACUGUUAACACCGAAAAAAAUUAUGCUACACCUGACACUAUGACAGAAAAGAAAAUAGUUGAACCAUCGAUAGCUGAAGCAUCAAUAUGCAUACGUGACAUGUCUGCAAAUAAUUCGCAGAAAAGUAUAGAGAAUGCAGAAUCAAUUAAAGAAAACUCCGAUAGUUCAUGCGAUUCCACUACAAACAUCGAAAUACAUUCUAUGCAUGAUACUGCAACAGAUGAAAAAGUAGAAAAUCGAGCAUCGAAAUAUAUAAGUAGCACGUCAGCUAAUGAUUCGCAAGAAAAUAAAAGAAAUGCAAUCCCGGUAAAAAAACAGCGCGUAGUGAAUUUUUUAUCAAUUGUGGCUACAGAAAACAAUAGCAAAAGUGAUACACGCGCAGAACAAAGCAAAGAUAAUGACCUAUCAACUAUUGAAAUAGUUUUAGAUGAAAAUACGAGUGACAUGGAAGAUCGAAACAUAGACAAGCAAGCGGAUAUGACUUGUAUGCCUAUUCUACAAAAUCAGCAGGAAAAUCAAGAAAUAUGCAAUAGCGACAGUGUUGAUUUAACGCAAGAUACACGAAGACGUGCAAUAUCAAAUUUGGAAUUACCAAUCGCGUUUGCAAAUGAUUCAGCACUGUGCAAUGUUAACGAAAAAGACAGCCGUGGCAUGUCGCAAACUAUUAAAAAUUUAUUAAAAAGUAACGAUAUUUUAAAAGAUGGAAAGACAAGCCUUGAUGAGUUUUUAAUGACGACAUCAGAAAAAAAUUCUUUGGAAAGAAGACAUGAUGAAUCUUCUUUCGUACAAACGACAAAUUCAUCUACAUCUCUAAGUCAAUCAAAUUGCAAUGAUAAUCACUCGUCAGAUGAUGACAACAGUAACAAUAUUGAAGUGGAAAUAAACAUAAAGCCCAAAUUGAAGUUUCAAAUAUCGCAGAAAUUCUCACUAAAAGCAUCUUCGUCUGCAGUAAAUUCAUAUAUCGAAAACUUAUACACGCUUAAGAAUAAUCCAAAUUUCCUUAAUGAAAUUUUUGAAAUUAACCAUAAAUCAUCUGAAAGAUCCAAAGAGACGAUUACAAGUAAAAGGCCAGAAAACAAUAUGUCAUUAAGUGAUAAUCAAAAUAUUACUGCUGAAACUGAGGAAAUUGUAUAUGAUUCUGUUUUUACUGUUAAAGAUAAUGCAAAAUGUUCUCAACAACAAAAUUUUCAAGACUCUCCAAUUUUAAAAGAAGAUGAAAAUGCGAUGGAUUCUAAUCAACGAGAAAGGAAUAAAUGCAUGCAACCAGUCAAAACAACAACACAAAUAACAACUGAGAACAAUUCUGUAUCAAGUGAACUUGCAUGCGGUAUGUCUAAUUUAGAAAAACAAAUACAUGACGCUUCCACGGGCGACAAACGGAAAAUUAACGAAGAACAACAUUCUCAAGAUAAUACAAUUACAAAAAAAAUUAAAAGUGAGCGAGUACAUAAUCAGCAAAAAGACGAUAAAAACGCAUCGUUUAUCGAGCGGAAAAAGAUACAAAUAGCAGACAAUCCUGAAGGAAUUAAAACUGCAUACAACAUGCCUGAUUUAGGACAACAGCUACCACAGACUUUUUUGGAUGUGACGCAUAGCAAAGUUCGAUCUAUUACGGAAAUUAAUUGUCAAUGUGCCAUGAAAUUUUCGAGCCUCAAUGCAUCAAAUAUAAGAAAAUGUGUAUGCUUAAAAAUCUGUCAGUCAGCACAUUCUAAAUCCGUAUCUUCUCAAUCAACAUCUCAUCGAUCAGAAUCUCUUCAAUUAACAUCUCAAUCAACGCUUACUCAAUCAACACCUCAUCCAUCAGUAUCUUCUCAAGUAACACCUACUCAAUCAGCUCUGUCAAUAUCUUCUCAAUUACCAUCUAGUCAAACAGCACUUCCUUUGUUAAUACUUUCUCAAUUAGCGCGUACUCAAUCAGUACCUUGUGCGUCAGUACCUGUUCAAUUAGCACCUACUCAAUCAACACUUCGUCCGUCAGUACCUUUUCAAGUAGCACCUCCUCUGUUAAUACUUUCUCAAUUAGCACCUACUCAAUCAGCACCUCGUCCAUCAUUAUCUUUUCAAGUAGCGCCUACUCAAUCAGCACCUCGCGUGUCAGUAUCUUUUCAAUUAGUACGUAUUCAAUCAGCACCUCGUCCGUCAGUAUCUUCUCAAUUAGCACCUACUCAAUCAACACUUCGUCCGUCAGUACCUUUUCAAGUAGCACCUCCUCUGUUAAUACUUUCUCAAUUAGCACCUACUCAAUCAGCACUUCGUCUAUCAUUAUCUUUUCAAGUAGCGCCUACUCAAUCAGCACCUCGCGUGUCAGUAUCUUUUCAAUUUGUACCUAUUCAAUCAGCACCUCGUCCGUCAGUAUCUUCUCAAUUAGCACCUACUCAAUCAACACUUCGUCCGUCAGUACCUUUUCAAGUAGCACCUCCUCUGUUAAUACUUUCUCAAUUAGCACCUAUUCAAUCAGCACCUCGUCCAUCAUUAUCUUUUCAAGUAGUGCCUACUCAAUCAGCACCUCGCGUGUCAGUAUUUUUUCAAUUAGUACCUAUUCAAUCAGCACCUCGUCCAUCAGUAUCUUCUCAAUUAGCGCCUACUCAAUCAGUAUCUUGUCCAUUAGUAUUUUCUCAAUUAUCAUCUGCUCAAUCAGCACCUACUCCCUCAACAGUUCGUUCGUCAAUAUCUCCGUAUUUAACAUCUCAGCCAACAUCUCGCCCAUCAGUACGUCCUCAAUUAAUAUCUCAAUCGGCUUCUGAUCCAUCAGUAUCUUUACAAUCAACGCAUCUUCAAUUAAUAUCUCAAUUAAUAUCCAAAUUGCCAUCAUAUGAUACUGCUAUUAAUCAAAUACACUUUUCAUCUAGAACAAACGCACCAGUUACACCAGUUGCACCAGUUGAGAUUAAUACUCCAAAUGUUAACAACGAGCGCACAAAUUAUAAUUAUACAUUUCAAAUUAUAAUGAAAAGUCUCUACGAUCACAUUAAAUAUUGUCGCAAUUUUAUUCGACAUACACGUAUAAGACAUGUUACUAUAGAACUAACAGAAAAAAUGUAUGUACAUGUGAAACAAAUAGAUUUAAAUUUAGAAAAAUUGAAAAUAUUGCUCUGUACGAAAGAUACUCAGGACGUUUUGGUUAGGUUUUAACUUACAUUAAUCAAUGUACGUCAUUA